UAUGCCUUAUUUGACUAGAUAGUUAGUGGUCUAUAGCUAUACUCUAGCUUUUUUUUAUCACAACUCCUUGAUGAUUAAAAAAUACAUAUAAACAAGGGCAAUUUCAUUAUUAACAAGCAAUUGUACAAGUUACAACAUAAGAAAGGCAUCAGUUGACACUAAAUUAAUAAAUUUGGAAUUAUUUUCCAUGGCUUUUGAAGAAAAAGAGCUUCACUUUCUGGUGUUUCCUUUAAUGGGGCCAGGCCAUAUGAACCCAAUGGUAGACAUAGCAAGAAAGUUGGCUCAACGUGGUGCGAUCAUCUCCAUAAUCACCACACCACAUAACGCAACUCGUUUCGAAAAAAUUAUAGCAAGGGACAGAGAAAAUGGGCUCAGAAUCAACAUAUUCCAGCUAAAGUUUCCAUGUGAAGAAGUGGGAUUACCUCAAGGGUGUGAGAAUUUUGAUUUGCUUCCUUCACUUGGUUUAGCUACAAAACUCUUCUCUGCAGCUUCUAUGCUGCAAAAGCCUGCUGAGACUUUGAUAGAAGGGCUUACACCGCAGCCGAAUUGCGUGAUAUCUGACACUUGUUUGCCUUGGACACUCAAAAUAGCUCGAAAGCUUAACAUUCCAAGGAUAACUUUCAGUGGAGGAAGUGGGUUUUUCUUGUUUUGUAUGUACAAGUUAGCAGUUUUUAAGGUUCUUGAGAAUGUUAAGUCAGACACCGAGUUCUGUGUUGUCCCUGACUUGCCUCACCAUAUUGAGGUAAUGAAAGAGCAGCUACAAGGACCAAGAGCUUCAACUAUGACAGAACUUAAUGAACAAAUUGUAGAAGCCGAUAUGGGGUCUUAUGGAGUUAUCAUCAAUAGUUUUGAAGAGCUGGAGCCAGAGUAUGUCAAAGAGUACAAGAAUGUAAGAAAAGUUUGGUUUGUUGGCCCAGCUUCCUUAAGCAACAAAGAUGAUUUAGAUAAGGCUCAAAGAGGUAAUUACAACUCUUCUGUUGAUGAAUACCAGUGCCUUAAAUGGCUUGAUUCAUGGAAAUCAGGCUCUGUCAUUUAUGUUUGUUUGGGUAGCAUGUGUAAUCUAACACCUCCACAGUUGAUAGAGCUUGGCUUAGGCUUAGAAGCUUCAAACAAACCAUUCAUUUGGGUUUUAACUGGAAUAAUGAAUAAUAGAUCUGAGGAAAUAGAAAAAUGGUUUAAGGAAUAUGAAUUCGAAGAAAGGAUUAAAGAAAGAGGUGUGGUGAUCCGAGGCUGGGCUCCACAAGUACUAAUCCUAUCACACCCUGCAAUUGGAGCGUUCUUAACUCAUUGUGGAUGGAAUUCAACCCUCGAAGCAGUAUGCGCCGGGGUUCCCAUGGUUACAUGGCCACUGUUUGCAGACCAGUUUCUGAAUGAGAAACUGGCUGCACAAGUUUUGAACAUAGCUGUAACAUUGGGUUCGGAGUAUCCAAUGGUAUGGGGAGAAGAGGAUCAAGUUGUUGUAACAGUGAAGAGUGAGAUAAUUAAGGCUGCUAUAGAGAAAGUGCUGGAUGAAGGAGAGGAAAGCAAGGAGAGAAGGGAAAGAGUUAGAAAGCUUGGGGAGAUGGCUAAGAGAGCUGUUGAUGAAGGUGGGUCUUCACACCACAAUAUGACAUUGUUUUUAGAAGAUAUUGAACGAAUGGGAGGCAGUAAUGAGUAUAAAGAGUAAGAAAAGAAAAAGAAAAUAAUAUUUUCUUGUUUAUUUGGAAGUCAUUUGUAAUAAUAUGUUCAUCGUUUUAUUUAAAUUGCCCAAAUCAUUGCUUUUCCUGGAGUAUUUUGAUUAGAUUAACUAAACAUGCUACCAAAAUGUAUACUCCUAUAGCCCCUAUCCCUAUAAAUAAAAUUUCAUUUUAAUGGUGCA